AUGGCACUAUCUAUUGGUGGUGCAAUUUAUAUUGCCAUCAAGCCGCUGGUGAAGAUUUUUCUCAACUGUUUUAUGGGCUUUUGGCUGGCAAAAACUAAGGUUGUACAAAGUCUUUCGGUGGUAAUUGUCAAUUACCUGAUGCCAGCGCUUAUUUUCAACAAAAUUAUAGAGUCCUUGAGCGGAUCAGAUAUCAAGUUGAUUGGUGUUUUUUGUUUAACAAUGGUUCUGUAUCAAGUGCUGGGACUCUUUUUUGGGGUUGCGGCUAAGAUGCUAACACCUAACCCCAAGUACUGGACCGGCGGGUUGAUUGUAGCUGGGACUAUGACCAACAUUGGAGACUUGCCGAUUGCAUAUGUGACGACGUUGGCUGGUGGUUCGCUGUUCAGCAGCACAGAUGGAACUCGAGGAACAGCAUACUCCAUCAUCUUUUUAACAGUAUUUAUUUUUUCGUUUUUUAAUCUUGGCGGGUAUCGGCUGAUUCAACACGACUUUACAUCACGACAGCGGGAUAUUGAGCUCAACAUUUACGACAAGAACCAGAAAAAUGAGCCUGGGAUCAAACACUUGAUUGAGGUUGCAGUGGCGCGAUAUAAGAAAUUUAGAGAAAAGAAAAAUCCCCUUGAGGGGGCCCAAGCAAUACCCAUGCCUGUUGCGCCUAAGGAGCCAGUAAAAAAGGUUGUGAUUGAUACCAACCACAAUACGGAGAUUGAGCGGAGUCAAGACUCGCUAGAACUAAGGCACUUCCGAAGCACAGGAUCUAUGGACGAUCCACGAAUCAGUCGGGUGCCUACAGAAACAUUAUCGAUAGAAGAAGCGCUGAGCGAUGAUCAGCCAGUAAGCCGCUUCCAUACUACAGGGUCCUUAUCGACCACAUUACGGCGAUAUACUACGGCGUCAUCGCAGCGAGGCCCAUUUAUUCCAGGGGCCGGAUCCCUACCUUCGGAGGGACUUUUUGAUGAUGACGAUGAAGAUGAAGAUGAGAAAGCUGAGCCACUUCCAGCUCCAGAGGGAAUGGAGAGUGUUAUUAAUGCAUACAGUCAGACGCAACGGUUGCAAAAAGUUUUAUCCAGACAAGAGACUGGGCAUGUGUCCGAGGCUGGAGAUAAGGCGGCUGCGACUACAGCGAAAAAGAAGAAGAAGGGGAAUGUUGUGAAGAGAACAUUGUAUCGAUGGAGGCUUGGGUUUUUAUGGGGGUUUUUCAAUAAUUUUUUGCGGCCUCCGAGCAUUGCAUUGAUUUUGGCCAUGACUUUUACAAUGAUUCCGUGGGUGCGACGGUUAUUUUAUGCAGACCCGAACAAAGGCAACUAUGGGAUUCCAGAUGCACCAGAUGGCCGGCCAGCGUUAAGUUUUGUAAUGGAUAUUACGUCUUUUGUAGGAGCAUGUGAAGUGCCGCUUGGGCUUGCAACAUUGGGAGCGACGAUUGCACGGUUAAGCUUGAAGAGCAUGCCAAAGGGGUUUUGGCAGACGGUAGUUGCAUUGACGUUGGGUAAGUUAGUGAUUUUGCCAAUUAUUGCAGUUGCUUGGACGGAGAAGAUGAAGUCGCUUGGAUGGAUUGAUGCGGACAAUACAAUUGCUAUAUUUGUAAUGAUUAUUUCAUCUGGGGUUCCGAGCGCAACAUCGCAGGUAUACUUGACUGCAAUCUACACGUCGCCAGAUUCUGACGACCACGAGGAAAUGGACUGUUUGGCUGCGUGUUUGAUUGCUCAGUACGCUUCACUCAUUUUCACAAUGACGAUUCUCCUGACCUACACGUUAAAAAAGGUUUUAGAAUUUUAA